AUGUCGAGCCCAUCGUUGUCGAACCAGAACGGAUCUCAAGCUUCCCCACCAGUCGAAGUCGAUAAGAGGACACAGCAGCCUGCACCGCGCGUUCGCCGCAGGAAUCGACUCAUUACUUCUUGUCUCGAAUGUCGACGGCGGAAGUUGAAGUGCGACAAAGGCCACCCAUGUACACAUUGUACCAAAAACACGCGACAAUGCGUUUUCAUUGCCUCCGGACUUGAUGCAAAUGCUCAGGCAAAGCUAGCCGAGGUUAAAGAGCAGAUGGGUCGUUUGGAGAGGAGCCUUGAAGAAGAUGUUGCGCGCAAGACAGAAAUAAACUUGAGAAAUACUGCAAGCUUUUCUAGGGUUGGUACACUCCCUGGUCAGGAACAGUCAAGCGACCAAGAAGACGACGAGGACACCAAGGAUCUCCGGCCGACACAUCUCGUUACUGAAGAUGCAGCUUACUAUGAGCCUGACGACGAUGUCAACGACGACAUGGUCGAUCUGGGCUUUCGAAUGGGCAGAGUUCGCAUCACAGAACGCAUUGGGGGACUUGUUCGUCCAAGAUUGUCGGAUGAGAGUUACCAGAUCGCGAAACUCCGUCUCUGUCUGCCAUCGAAGAAGAUGCCGUAA